GCACAUGCCUGGCUCCGUGGCCAUCCAGCGGUGAUGCGUCACAAGGCACCCGGCGACGCAGAAGCGAAGGUUCCGACCCCUCCGCGUGCCUCGCCACGAGGUGGUGUUUCCGCAGCGGAGCAAAGGCGGCAUGCGCAAGAACAGAUCGUCCUGGACCCUUUUGAAAGCCGCGCCAGCCAGUCUUCGCAGCGCCUCACCCCACGAGGGCCUUAUCCAAGCCCAGAGGGCGCCGAGCCACACGGUGUCUUCCGCUCUCGGAGUGCAACCGUGAGUUCCAGCACGGGCAGCGACGACCUUCCGUCCACGAAGGUGUUGUUUGCCCAGAUGUCGGAGGUGGCUACCGAGAACCAGGACGGUGAGCUGGCUCGUAUGCCCGGACCAGCCUUGCAGGAUUGGGUGCUGAAGAUGACUCGGCUGUUGCGCGAAAUCCAGGAGAAAGCUCGUGGCAUUCGAGAAGUUAGUGCGCACGAAGAAAGACGUUGCAAGAGGAAUGCUCGACAUUCUUUACCGUAG